UUUCUCGGCGGACGGAGAGCCCAGCAGCUCCUGGCGACGAUGUUUGUACCGGGCGAUUAUAGCGUUCCGCCGUUUCCUUCUCUCUAUACUCCCCUCGGCCCCUCCCGCGAUGAAGCCAAAUACCUGGUGUUUACUGGCGAUAUGUGGCGGUUUACGCUCUUCUGGACACUGAUACUCUACUCCGGUGUUCAUAUCGCCGCAGCCGCAUGUGUCGUGAUAACACAAUGGCAUAGUUGGAAGGUUAUAUGGGCGGUACCUGUCUUUUAUAUUCUGAUUGCUGGUCUGGAGGGUUUGUUAGCAGGGAGUGUUGUGGGGCUACUCAUCGGAGCCGUCUAUGAGGCUGGGAACCUCAAAAUGAUCACCUGGCUACCGUUCAUAUGGGGCUGCAUCAACACCUUAGUUCUAAUCUUAUCCGGUUUCUCCAUACAAGGUGGACUUUAGCGCCAUAAACCCGCUACAAAUGCAAAGAUCGGUUUUACAAAGAUGUGAUUAUGAAUGCUCAACACAUUUUGGUAUCGUAACAUACAUGCGCCAGCCCCAAACCCGGCCUUCUCAGAAACCAACUCCGCAUAUUUUACACGAAUGCAGCACCGUAUCACUUGAACGCCUCCACAUAGCCCCGACGUGCGAUUUUCAAAAUAUAUCCGCAUAAAUGGGAUUGAUCUUUAGGAUCCCAUGCAUUGUAUUUCAGGUCUAUGCAGUCUAUGCAGUCUAUGCAGUCUCACACUUGGGCCGAUCAAUUCGCGACCAAAAUGAUGGUGCUAUUUUGGUUGUUGAUGCGCAGGCUGUGGCGGAAACUUUUGGUUCGGGAACGGUGGAAAGUUAGGAUUAGGCGGGAAUGGUCCAGAUAUACCCGGAAUGGGGAAGGGCAUCUGGCCCGGGUUUUGAGGAAGGAGGUGCUGAGGUGGCGGAGGAUGGGGUAUUGCGCCGGAAGACAGCAGAGCAGCAAGGCGACCGGGGUCGAUAUGAGGCAUGGAUGAAGGUAUAUCGACGGGAAGCGGCGGUGGUGGUGGAUGUACAGCACCAAUUCCAGGAAUCAAGCCCGGUAGACCGGGACCAUCUGGAGGCGGCAUACCCUGAAUACCGGGUAACAGCGAUUCAGGUCGUUUUUGAUCCACCAAACCCUCAGCCUCAUCCUGAAUUUCUUGCUCCUCUUCUUCUCGCAUCUGCCGACGACCGAAUCCACGAUUCCAUGUCCCUUGAGCUUCGGCCGCUUCUUCGCCAAUGUGAAAUCUGUCUUUCAGAUAGGUAGUCUCGCCAGGCCGAGUCCUAGACCAAAACCGGGUAAAGUUAUCCUUGGACCCAGAUGCCAAGAUGUGGCCUAGAGGAUGCCAAUCGAGUGACCAGAUGGUAGAACUGUGGGCAAACUGUAUGCGAUGGGCCGGGAAUAUCACUUGGGCAGGAGUGUUGCUGGGAUCGGUAGUAUCGUAUGGUGCAACGGUGGGAACCUGUCCGGCUGGCAAAUUGGGCUCAUCCAAUAGGUAGUGAUAUAAAGAUCCGUCCUCACUU